AUGCCUCGGCCGCUGACGGAGGACGAGCUCAAGAUCUUCUUCGAGAAGCUGUCCAAGUACAUUGGUCGAGGCAUCAAGACGCUGCUCGACCCGCCUAAUGGGCCGCAUUGCUUCCGCCUGCACAGAGACCGCGUCUUCUACGUGAGCGACCUGCAGAUGCGCUCGGCGGCUGCGCUUCCGAGAGACCAGCUAGUGGGGAUGGGUGUCACCUUUGGCAAGUUCACAAAGAGCAAGAAGUUCCGACUGCACGUCACCUGCCUCGACUACAUUGCUCAGCUCGCGCCGUACAAGGCGGGCGGCAGUCCCCGCCGCGUGUGGGUCAAGCCGUCGGCGGAGCAGUCGUUUUUGUACGGGAACCACGUGCUCAAGGCGGGGCUGGGUCGCAUCACCGAGGACACGCCGCAGAACCAGGGCGUCGUGGUGCUCUCGAUGGCAGACGUGCCGCUCGGCUUUGGCGUGACCGCAAAGUCCACCGCAGAGUGCCGCAAGCUCGACCCGCAGGCGAUCGUUGCGCUGCACCAGGCCGACGUGGGCGAGUACUUGCGAGACGAGGGCGCACUCACCGGGUAGCCACGCGCGGUCGGCUGUUCUCUGAUGUUGUUGAUGUGCGGUCCCUGACGAACGGCUGCGAACAAAUAAGAAAUAUUAUAAUAAAA